UAAAGCAGGCACUUAAGCUUUAAAUCUUGAUGAAAAGACUGACUAAAGACCAAAAUAAUCACCUUAACUCACGACUUUUAAUCAGUUAUUUUUAGUUUCUUAUCACUAUGACCUAUUAUAAAGUAUUUGAUUGACCCUGAUACCUGAAUUAUUUUUUUCUCAUCUGAUAUGGAAAUAUUGAUUUGUUUCUUCUAAACACACUGAACUGAACUGAACAGACUUUGGUGAAAAGAUUUCUUUUUUUUUUGAGGUACAAGUGUGCAGAAAAAUCUGUCACAAUGGCACUGGACACAGAGUUUGGUGUGAAGGGCAGCAGCAUCAUCAGGGAAUGGAGUGGACAGGUCCAGCCUGCUCUGGUCGCCUCCUUCGUUUUCCUCUUCUGCCUGGAAGCCUGUCUGUGGGUCAGGAACCUUAGGCUCAAGAGAAGACUGCCGGGGCCCUUCGCCUGGCCAGUGGUCGGCAACGCCAUGCAACUGGGCCAGAUGCCUCACAUCACCUUUGCCAAGCUAGCCAAAAAAUAUGGCAAUGUGUACCAGAUACGGCUGGGCUGCAACGACAUUGUGGUUCUGAAUGGAGACAGGGCGAUACGUGAGGCUCUCAUACGGCACAGCACAGAGUUUGCAGGCAGACCAAACUUUGCCUCUUUUCAGAUGAUCUCUGGAGGCAGGAGUGUGACAUUUACUAAUUAUGGCAAACAGUGGAAAGCACACAGGAAAAUAGCCCAGUCCAGCCUCAGAGCUUUUUCCUCUGCAAACUCUCAGACCAAAGAAGCCUUUGAGCAACACGUUACAGCUGAGGCCAUGGAAUUGGUGCAGACAUUUUUGAGACACAGCACUGAUGGACGGUAUAUCAACCCUGGUCAUGAAUUUACAGUAGCUGCUGCUAAUACCAUGUGCGCUCUCUGCUUUGGGAGGCGAUACGGACAUGACGACCUGGAGUUCAGGACCUUAUUAAAAAAGUUGGACAAGUUUGGGGAGACAGUGGGGGCGGGUAGCUUGGUAGAUGUCAUGCCCUGGCUUCAGUCCUUCCCUAACCCAGUCCGCAGUGUCUAUGAAAACUUUAAAAACCUCAACGAGGAGUUUUUUGCCUUUGUGAAAGAGAAAGUGACGCAGCACAGAGAGUCCUUUAACCCCAAUGUGACCCGGGACAUGAGUGACGCCAUCAUCAAUGUGAUAGAGCACCGACAGGACAGUGGACUGACCAAAGAGUUUGUUGAAGCAACAGUCACAGAUCUGAUUGGAGCAGGUCAAGACACUGUGUCAACUAUCAUGCAGUGGAUCCUCCUGCUCCUGGUCAAACACCCAGAAAUGCAAGCCAAACUGCAGAAGCUCAUUGACAAAGUAGUAGGCCCAGACAGACUGCCAUCAAUUGAGGACAGAAGCAGCCUGGCCUACCUGGACGCCUUCAUCUACGAGACCAUGCGCUUCACCAGCUUUGUCCCCCUCACCAUCCCACACUCCACAACCUCAGAUGUCACUAUCGAGGGUUUCCACAUCCCCAAAGACACGGUUGUCUUUAUCAAUCAGUGGUCCGUCAACCAUGACCCCCUGAAGUGGAAGGACCCUCACAUUUUUGACCCUGCACGCUUCCUUGAUGAAAACGGGGCCCUCGUUAAGGACAUAACCAACGGUGAGAUGAUUUUUUCCAUGGGUAAAAGACGCUGCAUCGGCGAACAGAUCGCAAAGGUGGAAGUGUUUUUAUUCAUAGCUGUCCUGCUGCACCAGUGCAGCUUUGAAAGCAACCCAUCUGUGCCUCUCACUCUUGACUGCUCGUAUGGGCUCACGCUGAAGCCCCUCCAAUUCUUUGUCAGCGCCAAGCUCAGGGGAAAGCUGCUGGGUUUAGUUUCCCCAGCAUGAACAGCAUGUCCCAAGACUGUGACUCAAGGCCAGCUAACACUUUUCCACCAAUGACAUUUAACAGUGAGUAUCAACAUGCCUGCACUAAAUCCUACUGUUGUAUGAUUUUCAUAUUUAAUAAUAAUAUUUAAUGGGUAUCUUAACACAGUCUUAUUUGAAUGAUUGUUGGCGCAGAGCUGAGAACAUGAUGUCAAAGAUGCAAUACUAGCUCCAGGUAGAAUUCAAGGUUGUGGACUGUUGGAAUCAAUGUAAAGGUAUUAAAUUUCUGCUUUACAAAAUACUCUAUACUUGAUCAGAUUUUGUAUAUAAUUCUGAGUUGUGAGCUUGUUUUACAUCCACAAUUGAGCAUGUACAUGUAUAGUGUGUAUGCAAGAAAUAGCUACAUCCCUUAAAUGUCAAUUUAAACUAAUAUAAUUGUAUUCAAAAUGCUUGUGAAUGUUAUAGUCACUUGAUGACUUCUUGUUCUCAUUUGUAAUAUGUAAGAUUAUAUUUAACCUUUGUCACAUAAAGCAGUUACAAUUUGUUUUUUAUAAUUUCAUAUUUCAGUUAUGACAAUAAAUGUAAUAAUGUUUAAUGUAUUUCACUAUCUACUGUACUCAAAGCAUAUGAACACAUUAAACAAAGAAUGCCGAUCAAAGUGGAGGAAAAAGGCUGGCAUAUUUGUGAAGGGGCUAUGCUCCGGGAACCCUUCACAAACUUUAUGCAACCAGAGUUCAGUUUUUCUGUACACUGCAGCAACCCCGUGCCACAAACACAAGUCUCACCAGUACAAAAAAAUGUGCAUCAAAUUUCUUUCACUCCUUGGGCAUUCUCAAAAACAUGUUUGUUUACAAAGUCCCUUUUUCAAAGCUACAUGGAUCCCAUGGUCACUGCACUCUCUUUAAGCCUCUGCAUUCAGGAAUUGAUAUUACAAUGCCCAAGGGAUGUGUUUCUCUGCCUUGAAUGUUUAAGCAUACCUCAUAGAGGAUAUUUUGUUAUCAAUGUGUUGGCUUUACAUGAUAGAAAAAUAAGCUAUAUCUAAAAUUAAUAAAAUGAAUUGUUAAUGCUCAA